GUCAUGCCAUAACGACAGAAGGUGGUAAGGCUCGGACGUCGCAACGGGGUGCACGCACGCAGGCUCGCCGCAGUGAUUCGCCGUAGUUCCGUGUGGGCUGCUUAUGGGCGGAGACGGAGGUGGCAUUAUUGCCAGCGAACAGACAAUGCACCGCAUGCAAUACCGAAAGCGAGACGAGACGCUGUCACGUACAUGUAAAACAAUACGUAGUCAUAAUUAAGACUGGGAUAUAAUGCUGUUUGCAGACGCAAUCCCCUCGAGCCCCAAGCGUACAUGUAUCCUUCUUUUACCCUUUGGCGUGCACUCUUUCAGCCUUCUACAUUCAGUCUCCACCUUGUCUUCAUGCUGCCGACGCGGCUCUUUUGAGGCAUACGGCAGCAGAAUCUCGUGGAUCAUAAAGGAUCGCGAACCCGCAUGGCUGCCAUGGCAGACAGUCUGCCAGCUUUUCUUGUUGUACAUGCUGCAAUCUCCAGGCCCGGAGCGGAGCAAUAGUGCAGCCACGGGAAGAGCACAACCCGAUUGUCCAACGAGCCAAAGCUUGCGAUCAGGUCGUGUCUAUCAUUCGAAUCCCUCACAGGUGACCCAUCGAAGACUUCUUACGCCAAACGCCCUUGAAUUCAAGAGAGCGCUGGACCAGGACCCGCAAUCUUUCUGGCAUUACCCGGGCGAUAUUGUCCUAAACUCAAACCUGUCGGUUGAGUCUGCACACCCAACGCUGCCACUGGUAUUUCGAGCGUCCGUAACAAGUUCGUACAGGAGUACAACACGGUCAUAAAUCAUUUAGAAAUCGUCCACAAGAGAAAACGC